CGAUUAUUACUAACCCAGAAGCCGGUUGUGCAAACUCUUGGCGUUUUGUCAAUUGUAUUGCUUUCCGUACACCAUCAUCAUAUUUUCUCUUGCCAAGGCCGGGCAUCGGGAGGCUGUCAUCAGGCACUGUGCUUGCUAAUGGGGUAUGAUGCCGCAUAUCUGUGUGCACAAGAUGCUGCCGCCUUUUGAGGAAAACCACCCAUGAAACUAAAUGGUUAUUUAUUUUGGCGGGAGGUAAAUUGGCUGAUGUUAAAUUAACCAUUCGCAGCCAUGUUCGUAAUAGGUGAGACUUGUGUACCUCGGUGUAUCGGCCAUUGCCAGAACUAACACAAAGCCACUGGACCCAUCGCACUUAAUUGCAUCAAGCGUUGAUGUAUUGGAGUAACGCAGCGUCUCACCGUAUCGCAGAUUCACAUUAGUGAUAGCGGGGAGGAGCAUAUUCCAAGACUCGAACCAGUUUGUGCAGGCGAUACUCUGGUCAGCAGCGUUGGAAAGCAGGGGAAAAAGUAACGAAAGAUGCAUAUUUACCAUGAGCUCAACUUGAAAUGUCGUCAUAACACAAUGCAGGACUACGUUGUGACAAAAAUGGAGGAUUUGGGUUUGAUGGAAUUUCACACGAGCCGCCGGAAGAUGAGGAGGCGAUUUCAACAGAUGCGAGGAGUUUUGUAAGGAGAAUGUAGUGCGUGGGAUGUUGUGAAAGGAGAGAUGGCAAAAUGAUAUAGUUUUGUUGCCUUCCGUUUGGACUUCACGAAGAGCAAAUCCACGACACCGACUCACUUUAAAAUCAUUGAAAAGCGGUCAGGCUUCACUGAGCGGCUCUCACUCAAGCUCUGAACGGGAAAUAAACAGAAUACAACUGCAGACAACACUUCAUUUUCCAGUUGAAAACGGCUGCAUUUCGAAUUGGUUUCGUUUGCUGCGUAUAACUGUUUUUCCUCGUUCUGAGAAACUUAUUUUGACAAGACAUCGAUCUUCAUAAUUCUGCCCACCGUACAACGACUCCAACCCCACAUUUUGUGGGAAAAGAGUAUGGCCCCCGUUGACUUUUCCUCCCGCCGAAAUGGACCGUGGAUAUCUGGCCAUCACAGACUGAGAUUUGGAGCAGUACCUCCAUCGCCACCUUACAGGAUUCACGCUGUCAAACCAAUCCCCUCCCGCUACCUGGUAGCCUCGUUCCUGUUUCACUUGGCGACCUUGAGCCUAUUAAUUCAUAAGACUGACGCCCUUAACGAAUGUGCAAGUUCCCCUUGCGUCAAUGGCUCAUGCUCUGAUGGUGACUACGGCUACUAUACCUGCGUGUGUCCUGUUGGUUAUGAAGGAGUGAAUUGUGAUGUGCAAAGUACAUCUGCUGCCUGUGGGGCCUCUUAUUCUGCUUUUACGGGCAUCAUCACCAGCCCCAACUACCCAAGCAACUAUGGGGACAAUCUGAAUUGUGUUUACCAGAUACGGCCCCACGGAGCCAACCGCAUCGAAAUAACGCUCACCAAUGUGAGCUUGGAGGCCCCCAAGGACUACUUGGAUAUUGGAGUUGGCUACAUUGCUGAUAUAAACCAAGCAAACGAAUCACUGACAGGGAAUCAAACCAGUGUUCCUCGGACCUUAACGUAUGAUUCCGGUGUGGUCUGGCUCCUGUUAACCACAGAUGUUAACAUAGGGAGACCAGGGUUCCGUGUAGAGUACAGUGCUGAUGGUGAUGAUUGCUACAGUUCACCAUGUCUGAAUAAUGGAGCAUGCUCGGAUAUGCUACGAUUCUUCACCUGCACCUGUGUUCCUGGCUUCAGUGGUGACCGCUGUGAAAUCAAUGAUGAUGACUGUAUCACAAAUCGUUGUCAGAAUGGCGCCACGUGUGAGGACAGAGUCAAUGAUUAUUUCUGCCGCUGUGUUGCAGGAUGGAGUGGCAAAAAUUGUGACAUCAAUAUUGAUGAGUGUUCCAGUUCACCUUGUCUAAAUAAUGCUACGUGUGUUGAUCAACUGAAUAUGUACGUCUGUUCAUGCCCUGCUGGUUAUGUUGGAGACCACUGCCAAAUUGAUUUCAACGAGUGUGGCAGUGCACCUUGCAGGAAUGGUGGGACAUGCACGGAUCUAGUCGAUGGUUACAGCUGUACUUGUACAGCUGGUUGGGAAGGAGACAUGUGUGAACGCGAUAUCAAUGAUUGUGUCCCCAACCCAUGUCUGAAUGCCGGUAUAUGCAUCGAUCGCUUCAACAGCUACACCUGCUCAUGCUUGCCUGGCUUUAACGGGUCUCGUUGUGGCACCGACAUUGAUGAGUGCAGCUCCAACCCAUGUGACAACAGAGGAACUUGUACCGACAGGGUGAAUGCGUUUGAGUGUAUGUGCCCAAUGGGCUGGACAGGGGACACCUGUCAAGUCAACUUUGAGGAGUGCACAAGUGCACCAUGCAGAAAUGGAGGAACAUGUCUAGAUCUCAUCAAUAUGUAUCAGUGUGUGUGUCGCCAGGGAUACACUGGCCCGAACUGUGACGAAAACAUCAAUGAUUGUGCUUCCAACCCAUGUGAGAACGCUGGUACCUGUAAUGACCUCGUCAAUAACUAUAGUUGCACCUGCCGACCCGGUUUCACUGGUAACCAGUGCGAGAUAAAUAUUAAUGACUGCUUGGGUGACCCCUGUAGUAAUGGAGCGACCUGCAUUGAUGGAGAAAACAGUUUUGCCUGCAUGUGUGCGGAUGGUUUCAGUGGUCCCCGCUGUCAAAUAAAUAUUGAUGAAUGUCUCAACAACCUAUGCAGCAAUGGCGGGAUAUGCAUUGAUCAAAUCAACGGCUAUGACUGCCAGUGUCAGAGUGGAUUCACAGGAACUAACUGCGAAAUAGACAUCGACGAGUGUCAGAGCAAUCCAUGUGCCAAUGGUGCAGCUUGCAGCGAUUUUCCCAAUGGCUACAGGUGUACCUGUCUGUCUGGCUUCACAGGUCCUCGCUGUCAAACAAAUAUUAAUGAAUGCAGCAGUGCACCAUGCCAGAACAGUGGUUCCUGUGUGGAUCAGGUGAAUGGAUAUAUGUGUAACUGCAGGCCUGGUUUCAGUGGCUUCCACUGUGAGAUCAACAAUGAUGAGUGUGGCAGCAAUCCAUGUGUGAAUGGCAUGUGCACCGACGGUGACAACAGAUAUAAUUGUUUCUGUUUCAAUGGCUGGGAGGGCGACCGUUGUGAACAAGCCAUAGACGAAUGUCGCUCCUUCCCAUGCCAGAACGGCGCCACCUGCGUUGACGGGGAUAAUUCCUACACUUGCAUGUGUGCUUCGGGCUGGGAAGGCGUGCACUGCACUGUCAACGUCAAUGAGUGUGCUAGCAACCCCUGCCAGAACGGUGGCAUGUGCUUCGACCUCAUCAACAUGUACCGGUGUGACUGCCUGCAGGGUUGGACAGGACCCAACUGUGAAACUGACUUGAACGAUUGCAGCAGUAUUCCUUGCUUGAAUGGUGGAACAUGUACGGACAUGCUGAACGGCUUCAGUUGUGCCUGCGUGCCGGGAUGGGAAGGGAACAACUGCGAAAGAGAUAUCGAUGAGUGUUCUAGCAAUCCAUGCCAGAACAGCGGGCAGUGUGCCAACCUGCAGAACAGAUACGAAUGCACGUGCCUGGCCGGUUUCACUGGAUUGAACUGUGAGACAGACAUUGAUGAAUGCACUAAUGACCCGUGUCAAAAUGGAGGCACUUGUGAUGAUAGACGGGCUGGAUUUGUCUGUUUGUGUUUGCCUGGAUUCAGCGGCAUUAACUGUGAAAUCAACAAUGAUGAAUGCAGCAGCCUACCUUGCCGCCAGGGAGGGACCUGUGUGGAUGGGAUCAACUCGUACACCUGCCUGUGCGCCCCCGGAUUUACCGGCUUCAACUGCGAAAGCAACUUCAAUGAGUGUGCCAACAAUCCCUGCGUCAAUGGCAUGUGUGUUGAUGGCUUGAAUGAGUACUUCUGCAACUGCUUUGCUGGCCACACAGGUGCUAACUGCGAAAUAGACGUCGAUGAAUGUGACAGUAGACCUUGCUUCAACAAUGCCACAUGCUUUAAUGGUGUUAAUGCCUAUUUCUGCCGGUGCCUGAUGGGAUACACAGGCCCCAACUGUGGAAUUGAUAUAAACGAGUGUGUUAGCAACCCUUGCGAGAAUGGUGGCACCUGCGUUGAUAGAGUGAAUGGUUACACCUGCACGUGUGCACCGGGCUUUGCUGGAGAUAGAUGCAGAUUCAAUUUUGAUGAAUGCGGGAGCCAGCCCUGCCAAAAUGGUGGAACCUGCUCAGACGGGAACAACAUUUAUUUCUGUCAGUGCCCAACUGGUUGGCUCGGCAACAACUGCGAAAUAGAAAACAAUGAGUGUGCCAGUCAGCCCUGCACCAAUGGGGGAACCUGCGUGGACAGCACAAAUGGCUACACUUGUCAAUGUGCACCAGGCUGGAUGGGGGUAAAUUGCGAGACAGACAUUGAUGAGUGUGAGAGCGGGCCAUGUGCCAACGGAGCUACCUGCACCCAUGCAACCGAUCGGUUCUUCUGUCGCUGCCCUCCAGGCUUCACAGGGACUCUCUGUAAUAUUGAAUCCAUUGAAUGUGCUAGCAGCCCCUGUACUAAUGGAGGUGUCUGCUUUGAGGGUGUUAACGCCUUCUUUUGUCUGUGCCAAGCUGGAUACACUGGUGUCACCUGUGGAACAGAUAUUAAUGACUGCAGCAGUAAUCCUUGCCUGAAUGGAGCUCGGUGCGAGGACCUCGUCAAUGCAUACCAAUGUGAAUGUGCACCAGGCUACACAGGAGACAACUGUCAGACAGAAAUUAACGAGUGUGCCAGUACCCCAUGUAGGAAUGGUGGAACAUGUGAAAAUGGGAUUAACUUCUACACCUGUCGCUGUAUUCCAGGCUGGACCUCAACCAACUGCGAACUAGAUUAUGAUGAGUGUGGGAGCAAUCCCUGUCUGAACGGUGGACUCUGUAGCAAUGGGCAGAACCAAUUCACCUGUACCUGUCAGGCUGGUUGGACAGGGAUACGUUGUGAAACCAAUGUGGAUGAGUGUGCCAGCUCACCAUGUCGGAAUGGUGGAACCUGCGAGGACCAAGUCAAUGGAUAUUUAUGUACUUGCCGUGAUGGCUUCACUGGGUCCACGUGUGAGGAAGACGUUGAUGAGUGCUUGUCAACACCCUGUCUGAACAACGCAACCUGCCUGAAUGACAUCAACCUCUUCCAGUGUCAGUGUGCCCCAGGCUGGACUGGCGUCACCUGCCAGAUUGACAUCAAUGAGUGCGCCAGCAAUCCUUGUGUGAAUGGAGCUACAUGUAAUGAUGACGUCAAUGGGUUCCUAUGUGCUUGUGUUCCUGGAUACCAGGGAGUUAGAUGUGACUCAGACACCAAUGAAUGUGCCAGCAAUCCCUGUCGCAACCAGGCUACUUGCCUGAACCAGCUCAAUACGUUCACCUGUCAGUGCGGGCCAGGCUGGACGGGUCAGACCUGUGAGCAGGAGCUGGAUGAGUGUGGCAGCAACCCCUGCCUGAAUGGGGCCACGUGCGAGAAUGGUGUCAACCGAUACCGAUGCAACUGUGCCGCUGGCUACUAUGGGACCAACUGUGAGAACGAGUAUAAUGAGUGUGUGUCAAAUCCAUGCGUCAAUGGAGCCACCUGUGUGAAUGGCAUCAACAUGUACUCCUGCAACUGUGCUCCUGGGUUCACUGGACUGAAGUGCGAAAUACCCAUCAAUGAGUGUGCAAGUAGUCCCUGUCAGAACAGUGGGACGUGCACCGAUGGCGACAGCUCGUACACAUGCACCUGUGUCUCUGGCUUUGAAGGAACACACUGUGAGACUGAUAUUGACGAGUGCGCUAGCAACCCUUGCAGUAAUGGAGCCACCUGCAUGGAUCAGAUCAACAGGUACAGGUGUCUGUGUGCCCCAGGCUGGACAGGAGUCAGAUGUACUACAAACAUUGAUGAAUGUGCGCUGAAUCCAUGCAUCAAUGGGGGUGCCUGUGAUGAUCUCGUCAAUGGAUACCAGUGUAGAUGUCCAGCAGGCUGGCAGGGUAUGAACUGCAAUGAAGAUGUGGAUGAAUGCGAGGCAAUGCCGUGUCAAAAUGGAGCAUUCUGUAUCAACGGUCGCAACAUGUACACUUGCUCCUGCGAGGCGGGCUACACUGGAGCCAAUUGUGACAUUGACAUCAAUGAAUGCGGCAGUUUCCCUUGCCAGAAUGGUGGCACUUGCCAAGAUAGAGUCAACUCCUAUGACUGUCAGUGCCGUACAGGAUAUUCUGGCUUUAACUGCCAGAUAGAUAUCAACGAGUGUGCAUCCAAUCCAUGCAUCAACGGAGCAUGCAACAAUUUGAUUGGUUUGUACACAUGCUCCUGCAACCCUGGCUGGACGGGUGAAAACUGUGAUACAGAUAUCAAUGAGUGUGUAAGCAACCCGUGUCUGAACAGAGCCACCUGUGACAACCUCGUCAACAGCUACCGCUGCCAGUGUGCCCCGGGAUGGACAGGACUGCGAUGUGAAAUAGAUAUUGAUGAGUGCACCUCCUCACCAUGCCGCAACAGUGGGGCUUGUUCCAAUCAGGAAAACCGCUAUGAGUGCAUCUGCCUCAGUGGUUUCAUGGGCGACAACUGUGAAAUUACCCUGGAUAGGUGUGACAGCUCUCCUUGCCUGAACGACGGCUUGUGUUAUAACGAAAACAGUGGCUACAUCUGCACUUGCAAGGCUGGUUUCACUGGCAGAAAUUGUGAAACAGAAAUCAUGGAGUGUGACCAGAACCCCUGUCGUUCGGGGGCCACCUGUAUUGAUGGCGUGAAUUCCUUCACUUGUGUUUGCCCGCCUGGUUUCACUGGGUCAGUCUGCGAUUUCAACAUUGAUGAGUGCGCCAGCCAGCCUUGUGAGAAUAGCGCCAUCUGCAGGGAUGAGAUAAAUGGGUACAACUGCGCAUGCCCAGAUGGUUACACUGGAUCACGCUGCGAAGUUGAUGUGAAUGAAUGUGCCACAAAUCCAUGUGACAAUCAAGCCACGUGUGUCGAGAACCGGGGAAUGGCAGGCUACCGCUGUUUCUGUCAUCCAGGCUUCGAGGGCAUCCACUGUGAAAUUGACAUCAAUGAGUGUUCAUCCAACCCAUGCAUGAACGGUGGCAUCUGCUAUGAUGGAAUCAAUGAGUUCACCUGCACAUGUCCAACAGGCUGGACUGGAACCAGAUGUGAAACCGCCAUUGGCUGCAGGAACAAUUUCACCGUCCCUGUGAAUGGCAAGAUUGAACUGCACUCCCCCAACUACCCCUCCAACUACCGUAACUUGGAGGAGUGCCGCUGGUUCAUCCACAGCGGGUCCCCCGGCCGCACCCUGACCGUCCAGGUCCUGGACUUUGUCACGGAGAAUCGCUAUGACACCCUGAAGGUUGGGCUAGGAGACAACAUCGUGGACCAGGGCACGCUGCAGAUUGAGGCCUCCGGGAACUCCAGGCCACAAGGCUUUGACACCACCAGCAGCACGAUGUGGAUCACAUUCUUCACCGACGGGGAGAAAACAGAGAGAGGCUUCUCCAUCGAAAUAUUGGAUGAGGGUUACACAGAUGUGCGACCCUGCGACAGGCUGCCUUGCAUCAACAAUGGCACCUGCUCCAACAUGGGAAAUGGCCUGUUCACGUGUACCUGCACUCAGUACUGGACUGGUGACAACUGCCAAACACCAACAGAGUUGAACAAAUGUGGCAAUAACCCAUGCCGGAAUGGUGCACCAUGCACAAACUCUGGAAUGGACUACUCCUGCGAAUGCCCAGUAGGCUACGUCGGCAAAGACUGUGAACAAGAUAUCAAUGAGUGCCAGUCUGGGCCAUGCAUAAAUGGGGGCACCUGUGUUGACCUCGUGGGCCAUUUCACCUGUGUCUGUCCACCUGACCAUGUAGGGGACACCUGCGAGAAUGCUCCCCAGCCUGCUCCCUGUGACAUCGACUAUUGUCAGGGUAAUGGUAUGUGCACCUACUUCAAUGACACCUACAAGUGCACCUGUGGGGCUGGGUACGGUGGCAAAUACUGCGAAAUCGAUAAUGACCCCUGUCGUCUUGCCCCUUGCCUUAACCAAGGCACCUGUGUCAAUGUCACUGGGGGUCAGGGCGGACAUAACAGCUAUGUCUGUGAGUGCCGUGACGGUUUCAUUGGAACCCACUGCGAAAUCCAAGAGACUACCAACUGCCUUUAUGCCAACCCGUGUGCUACAGGAGCCACAUGUAUGCAUUCUAAGGGGUCUUAUACAUGUACCUGUCCUGUGGGAUUUACUGGACGGUUCUGCCAAACAAACAUUGAUGACUGUGCUGUCAUGUCCAACCCCUGCAAUGGCAAUGGCGUCUGCAUUGACAGAGUCAACGACUAUGAUUGUGAAUGUAACAGUGGUUUCAAUGGACAACGUUGUGAAAAUGAUAUCAACGAGUGCCUGCCCAACCCUUGCCUGAAUGGUGGAAGGUGCACAAAUGGCAAAAACACCUUCGUCUGUAAGUGCGCAGAGGGCUUUGGUGGUCAUGACUGUAGUGUAGUAGCCAAACCUUUGGCCUCAGACCCAUUCUAUACAUGGAUGGGCAAUCAGAUCAGCCUGUCACCAUGGGUUAUCGGCAUCCUGGCGGCCCUGGUCAUCCUCAUCAUCUUCCUCGUCCUCAUGUUACUCGUUCGAGGACGGCGCACACAAAGACAGCACCUGAGUGCCAAGUACGAUACGGAACAGGCCCGAGAGGAGCGCAAGAAGGGGCUCUCCAACACCCAGAUGGACGACCCUAUACCCAUUCUGGAGGAUGGUGAUUCCCAACCUUUGACGAGAGAUACCAGGGAGAAUGAUUAUGGCUUCAUACCACCUGCUGGCCAGCGGUCCACAGUUGCUGAAAUUAACAGUUAUGAGAAUCCUUGGCCUCAGAGCACCGAGGACUUUUCCAUGGAUGAAAAGCUGCAGAAGACUCACCUGUGAUCUAUUGGGAUUGCAUGCUCUUGCCAGAUAAGGGAAAACAUUGAAACAAAAUAUCAGCCCAUUGCAACUUGUCAGUCUUUGGCCAAUUGAUACACAGUAUUCGCUCAUUAAUAUUUACACGGGAUAGUCCAUUUUGGUUUCAUUGGAUAGAAAGUAAGCUUAUGGCUGGUAUGUUAAGCAAAGGUUUUGUAUUAAAGAAUCCUUAACAUGUUUUAAUCUUUUUAUUACAAAAAAAUGAUUUAUUUGCACUGAUAUUUGGGCUUCAAUGCAUGUGCCAUUUUUUCAUCAUUACCAACAAUUUUGUUAUCAAUUCAAGGUUGGAAUUAAAAUUUCAGGCACACUUUGAAAAGUGUCUUAAUUGUAUUCGUUCAUCAAUAGAAGAGCAAUUGAAAUAUACACUUUUGACAGAAUUGUAAAGAAUUGGUGUAAAGUGCCAAAUAUUUGGCACUCUGACUUUGGAUUACUUACCGGAAAAAAAGACAUUGCUUAAGUACGUUUUUCCUUUCAGUUUCAAACGUUUCUCAUGUUUAGAUUCUUCAUUAAAAAAACAAAUCCUCUUCUAUAUUUAAGAAUCUGAGCACUCAGAUACUCAGGAAAAAUGGUAUUGAUCAUGGAGGCUUUGUUUGCAUUUGUGUAUUAAAGCAUUUAAGAAUUUCUCUGGCUGAAGCUCUUUUUAUAUAAUAAUUUUUGCACAUUACCAAACUCUUUAUAGCAAUUUUUAAUCAGACGUAAAGUUUAACAUGACAUGAUUUUUAUUGUUAAAAUUACAAAUGUAUUUUAGUGCCAUUUAAAGGUCACCCAAAUUUAGGAUUCUUAAGAUUUCAGAUGAGAUUUAAAGAUUACGUUUUAAAGCCAUGAGAGUUUUGUUAUUUUAAAAUGAUUUCACACCAUGUGGAAAUUGUUGAAAAAGAUAUGCCACAUAAUUUCACUACCAACAUGAUAUGUCUUUCAAAUACAAGUAGAUAUUUUGACAAAUUUUUGUCUUUAGCAUUUUGGUGUGGAGAUAUCCUAGCUAUGCAAACCUGUUUCUUGUAUAUCUGACUGGCUAAGGGCUUAGUAUUCUUCAGUGUGACCUUUUUGUUUAAAUUGCCAAUACAUUUACGUUAGAUCCAAAAGAAAAAGUUUCGUGAGGUGUUCAGGGUAUUUUGAAGUAGAAGUGGUACCCAGCAUAGACAGGAUAUUUCCAGUAUUUGCUUGGAAGCAACGUCGUGUAUCUUGUGGUUGACAGUUUCCUGUUGACAGUUGUGGUGCCAUAAACAUAGAAAAGCAAAUCAGUGCCUUUGUAAGUAGCACUUUUCUCACGUUUUUCUCAAAAGCAAUAAUCCAGAUGGAUUAUGGAAAUUUUACCACCUUUAUUGUUUUUAGCAUGUAUUUGCCUGUAGGAUUAAUUACAGUUUUAGAAAUGAACGACAACAGUCAGUUGCCCGUCUCUCAUGACUGUAGUAACCGGACACUUGUAGCAUGUAUGCAAAACUCAAGAGUAAUCCAAUCAAAUUAAAGUGCAGUCUCUGGUGUGUUGUGGAUUUAAAUGUUGAAUUAAGCAAAAUUGCUUAAUUGCUUUUGCUUUAUCUGUAUAUUUGUGGAUCAAUAAAGGAGAGUGAAAAAUCAGA